AUGGCGCCUGGUUUGAAAUUACAAUGGACAUUGCUGGUCAGCCUAUUAUCGUUGUGUGAUUUUAUUUCGGGUCAAAGCUUUCCGAGCGGAUGCGCAUAUAGUAGUGCCACCGGAACUCCUGGAAUAUUUACGUGUGACUUUGCGUCAGUGACGCUUCCUCUAACAUUCAACACAUUUAGUUCCCCUUAUCCCCAGCGCCUCGUUAUCAACAAUGUCGACGGACAGCUUCCGGCGAGCUCACCAACGGCUACAUUUUCCGGUUUCAAUAGUAUGUCCAUUGCAAACCUGGACACUAACUACCCUGCCAGUCUGGAAAUCAAAUGCGCAUCUAACGGGAACCUGGUACUGUUUGCCGGAACAUUCUCGGGACUAGGCUAUAUCCAGGAACUGAAGAUAACAAACUGUGUUCUAUCUGGAGGUCUAGCGAACAACGUUUUCGCUGACUUUGGUGAUCUCGACUCUCUCAUCAUCGAUGGCGGGUCGAUAAACGGUCUUAAUGCCGACAGUCUAUCUGGACUGAACAUCACUCGUCUAGCCAUCCCUAACGCUUUAGGAAUGUUUGCCAUGAUGAACCUUGCCCUCGACACAAAUACCUUCCCCAGCGGAUUCUUUUAUCCACUUAGCAAGGUGAAAGCAAUUAUACUCGACAACUUAUCAACGUCGUCGGCACUGUCCCUUCCGACCGAUACUUUCACGCAGAACACGAAUUUGGAAACUCUUUCCUUGUCAUACAACAGUUUGACUAGACUCCCGAACAACGUGCUGUCCACAUUGGGGGCCCUGAGCUUCCUUAACCUGACCGGGAACAGAUGGGAAUGUACGUGUGAAAAUCUCUGGAUCCUCACUACCAUCAGCACCCAAAAUAUCGACGUCGUAGGGGGCAUGGUCUGUGAUAGUCCAUCUGACUACCAGGACAAGAGGGCGACCACAUAUUAUUACAACAUGUGUCCCCAAGAUGACGCCUGUGCGGGAACUCCAGGUAUUGUGGCCUAUAAUUCAUGUAUCACCGCCUGGCAGCUAGCGAACUACGCCCUACUCAUCCUCGUGCUCAUUCUAUCUGCCUUGGGGCUCGGACUUAUCAUUGGCACGCGCACAAGCCUACGCAGCGCACGGUUAAAGCUCGAGAUGAAGAAGAAAAGCUCGUGGCUCAAGGUCCAAGAAGCCAUGAGAAGGGGAGGAGGCGGACAAAAACCACCCGCAUCUACCGGACCGCCAAAAAACGCCGGCUGGAUCUAG